UAAUCGAAAAAUGGGCCAGCUGAUAUUCCGUGGGAUUUUCGCAAUAAAUAAAUAAACUAAAAGAAAUUAUACUGCAAAAAUAAGAUGAGUUGAGCGUUUACAUACUGACGAAAUUACCGGUGAACAAGCGAACGGAAACUAUACGUACGCGGGCCCACGCGCGUAAGUGAAAGAUGAUUAAUGCGGUAUAUUUGGCAUCUUUGUUUGUGUGUAAAAACAAUUGUUGUUUCUCGGAAUAUAGCAUACUAAAAACAACAGACCGAGUUACCCUAUAAAUGCAGUCAUGUCGAACAAUUGUGAUCAUUCUUAUUCGGCGGGAAAGACUGGAUGCACACGCUCGUCGUGUGGUUUAUGACCAGUUUAUGAAACCCCUUGACGUUUAUACAUAUGUACAUACAUGUAUAUACGUAUAUGUAUGUAUAUUACGCAGCAACCCGAUUUUGAUUGUCAUGCUGCUAAAAAAUGAGUAUUCGGACAGUUUAAGCAGAAUCGAAGAAACCAAAUUAAAAAGUAAACAGUAGAAUGUCCGAAAUAAAAACGGAACCCGAAAACAGCGACGGUCCCUCAACAUCUGGGACACAGCAGCAACAGGUGUCUGCAACAGUCAGCGACAAGCAACCAGCUAAAGCGGCUGGACCCAAGCGACGUUUGCUGCUGGAACCGAACCCUAAGGAGAACACUGAGCCACCUCUCGACGUCGAACAUGCCACACCGGAGGAUGUGCCGCUGCAUAUGCGCCAACUGUUGGCCCUGUGCGAGAGCGAAGAUCGCAAAAUCGCGCCAGCCGAACUGCUGCUGCUGCUCAUCUAUCUGGUGGCCAUGGAGUGCGGCUUCGUGGAGGUUGAGACCUACAGCCAGAAGCGACACAAGCUCCAGCCGGUGCCCGCCUUCAGCAGCUUUCAUGCCGGCAAUGUGCGGCUGCUCAGCCUCGAGCCGCCCCAUUAUUCAGUCGGAUUCAAUGAUACCGUCUUCUCCUUCAAACUGCGAACGCUGCACGACAAGCACACAACGGAAGAGGCGGCUCUGGUGAUCGCCAUGGAGUCUCGCCUUAGGGCCGUGCAUCUCGGCGAUGAGCUAAUGGUUAGCCUUAGUCCGCCGGUCUCCUCCAAGCUGCCAGGCUACAGCACAGCUCUCACCAUCGCUCGCUAUGUCCUCAACAUACAAGCGAAGGGUAAGCCGAUCUUCAAUCGCUUUCGCAAGCUGGACAAUCUGUCGUACCAGCUGAAGCAGAACCUCUUUCAUCCGAUGCGCACCCAGCAGCUCGGGCAAAUCAAUCAGCAGCUGCAGCCCUCACUCACGGGCCUGCCCGAGGAGCUCUACCAGGAGAUAUUCCGUUAUCUCAAUCGCACGCAACUGAAGACGGUGGGAAAGGUUAAUAGUCUUUUGAAUUAUCAUAGCAAAAGGACACUGAAGCGUCGUUAAGUGGAUCAAAGUUCCUCAUAAAAAUCUCUAAUUUAUUUCUAUGAAAUUAAUUUUUUGUUUGUUCUAAAAAUAAAUGUAAUGUUUAACGAAUUAAA